AAAUAAAUAAAAUACUUCAUAGCUGAGUCAUUUUAUUCUGUGCUAUUUUAACUCGACUCGAUGUUGCAAUUUACAUUUUGUUCUAUAUAAUUUUCUACUUUGUGCACGAGGCAAAGUAUUAAAAAGAUGGCUGCGCCCUUGGAUCGACAUUUUGAUCGAGUUUCCCGAUAACUUGCAAUAUGAUUUAACUAGACUAAGAAAGUCUUUGUUUCCCUGUUCCCCUGUAUUAUUAUGAUGUUUCAACCAGCCAGCCAGCCGGAGAUCAUUCGCAGUAACCAAAAAGACCAGUUCUAUGCGAAUUUUCUGCGGAGUUCUUUAGCAGACAUCUGCCAGUCGUUUGCAGGAGCAAGAGUGUGGGCCCGAUGGAGGAAGGAACUGGACGUCUUGGGAGAUGUUCUGUACUUUGGCCUCACCACCAUUGCAGGCUAUCAGACGUUAGGUGAGGAAUAUGUCAAUAUCCUUCAAGUGGAUCCCACGCGCCGGGCUGUCCCAUCUGCAAAGAGACGUCUGGCGCUCGUACUCCUCUAUGCCUGCUCACCCUAUCUACUGGACAGGCUGCUUGCCUACAUUCCCAAACUUUUAGAAUCGGAGCGGGCGAGAGCUGGGUUGAGCCCCGAGGUCAGGCAGCGCAUCGCCCAGUGUGUUCCCAUACUGAGACAAGCAGUUAUGAUCUUACAGAGGACCCACAUUGCUCUGUUCUACCUGAGAGGGGUGUUCUACCAUGUCGCCAAACGAAUGACUGGUAUUCAUUAUUUAAUGGUUCGUAGAAACCUGAGCGCCAGCAGCAUGCGACCAAGCUUCCAUCUACUGGGCUGGUUGUCCGUCACGCAGCUCACCGUAAGUCUGUUGUACUCUCUCUACAAGAUGAGACGGGGAACCGUGGAUGCCGAAGAAUCUGAUACGUCAGUCACAGAAGAUGAGAGAGCUAGUGAAGAAGGUGGCAUUGUAGAGCCACGCCUUCGCUGUGCCCUUUGUCUCGAGCGCAGACGCAACUCCACGGCCACGCCCUGCGGUCACCUCUUCUGCUGGCACUGCAUCACGGAGUGGUGCUCCACAAAGGCCGAGUGCCCGCUGUGUCGAGAGAAGUUCCAACUUUCAAGACUCAUCUAUCUGCAGAACUUUGAUCCAAGGUAACGGUUAUAAACGAGCAAAAUAAACUCGACACAAUAUUGGAAAUGGACAAUCACGGUAUUCAGUUUUGUGUGAAAAAAAUAUAUGUUUAAUUGUUAUUAAAAGCUGUCUGUGAAAUCUUGACUGAAAAUAUAUUUUUACCUAAAUGAAAACUUGUGCGGAAAGAAUUGUACCUUAGCUUUACCCAUGCUAUACAAUCAGCAUGCUAAUUACACAACUGAAGUGCGAAACUGAAGUGGGUAUUUAAACGUUCAAGAAAUCAAUCAUUAAGUGGCACUUAAAUAAAACUGAUAUUGCCCAAAACUCUUUCUGGAUAUGAAUAUCAUUUUUUCCCCCAAAAAAACUGUAUGUUGCAGCAACAAAUGCCUUGAAUGGUGUUUAACAUUCAGAUUCAUAUCAAAAUUUGAGAUUUUCACUCUGUUGAAGUAUGUUUAAUAAGUAACGUCUAUUAUGAUUUUAAACUUGACGGUUUUAUACUACGUAAUAGACAUUUCUGAAAAUGUACGCUGAUAGUUCUGUUGAAAUAAAAUGUUAUGUUAAUAGUGAAUUCUGUUUUACAAAAAAAAGAUGAAUCGUUGGUUCAAUAUGAACUUAGAAAUUUAAAUAUUGGAAUGAUUAAGUUUGGUCCAUGGCAAUAUUAAUAUAAAUUUGAAAUAUCUUUUUGUGCAUAUUUUGUAUGUCACACAUCUUUUGUA